UUUUUAUGUCCUUUCUCUAUCAUUAUUCAUACCAUUUCGAUGCCCCUUUUCCUCCCUUUCUCCGCAUAACUUCACAUCUUAUAUAUACUCAGUGGGAUCGGUAAAGUUUUUGCUGUUACUUCUCGACGUUGAUCAAGAUUUUCUAUAGCCUAAAUUCAACAAUUCUACAACUCUUUCUUUUCCAAGCAGAAAGCAAUGUCUUUCAUUGGGACACAACAAAAAUGCAAGGCCUGUGAGAAGACAGUUUAUCCGGUGGAGCUUUUGUCUGCCGAUGGAGUUAGUUAUCACAAGUCUUGCUUCAAAUGCUCUCACUGCAAGGGAACCCUCAAGCUUGGUAGUUACUCAUCCAUGGAAGGUGUAUUGUACUGCAAGCCUCACUUUGAGCAGCUCUUCAAGGAGACAGGCAAUUUCAGCAAGAAUUUUCAGUCGCCUGCAAAGUUAGCUGAUAAGUUGACCCCAGAACUGACAAGGUCACCAAGCAAAGCGGCUGGUUUUUUUUCUGGGACGCAAGAUAAAUGUGCGACUUGCGGGAAAACUGCUUAUCCUUUGGAAAAGGUGACAGUGGAAAACCAAAGCUAUCACAAGUCUUGCUUCAAGUGUUCACAUGGUGGAUGUUCUCUAACUCCAUCAAAUUAUGCAGCCCUAGACGGCAUUUUAUACUGUAAACCACAUUUUUCCCAGCUCUUCAAAGAAAAAGGUAGCUAUAACCAUUUAGUAAAAUCUGCAUCAAUUAAACGUCCAACAGCCGCUGUUCCAGAUUCUUAAAACUCUGCCUUCAACUCAGCUCUCUCUCUCUGCAUGAUGGGGCUUGUUUGUGUGGGUGUGUUUUCCUUCCGAUUCUCUUUGAUCUCAACGUUUAAACUCAAAUUUACUAUUUCUUUUCAUGUCUUGUUUUCCCUGUGGGAGUGUAGACUUGUAAUGCCCUUUGGUCAAUUUAUGGGAUGAUCCUUAUUUCCAGUGGUGAAAUGACCACGGCCCAUGCACUUGUGAAUUUCAUCAUUAUUAGUGAUUCUUGUGGUUCUUUUCUUUUUUCA